AUGGAAACAGAGCAGCUUCAGAAGUUUAUCUUGGCUGAAUUGAACAAUCUCGGCAGCAUUCAAGAUAGCAGGAAGUUAUUCUACACUCCGAUCUCACGCCAUCUCGAUCAACCAAAUGAUAGCUUGGUCUUGCAGUCUUCUCUUCAAGGCUUACAGAGUAAAGAGAUGAUUGAUUACAAGAACCACGAAACCUACACUUACACUCUAUCCGAUGAGGCCUUGGAUCUCAUCAAGAAUGGCAGCCACGAGGCGAGAGUCUGGGCAUGCCUAUCCACUGACGAGGGCUUGGACCCAAAAGAAAUAAUCACUAAAGUUGGCUCUACGUCUGCUAAAGUUGGUCAAGGUAGAGCGUUUAAGCAAAAUUGGAUAAAGAAAGUCGACAACAAGUUCUUUAAGAAUGUUUUAGAUAUUGAAGACGUUACAGUUAAUAACUUGGUUUAUAUACAAGCUCACAAUACCCUCAAUGAUGAGAAGGAAUUGAGUGAUCUUAAGAAGCGCAAACUUAUCAAGCCAAAGAAGCUGCUUCACUUUUCAAUCGCUAAAGGUCCUCAAUACUCACCAGAGUUAAUCACAUUCGAAACUGAUUUGACAUCUGAUAUGUUGAUCGAUGGUAGCUGGAAGAACAAGUCUUUCAAAAAGUACAACUUUGACGCCGCAGGUGCUCUUCCUCAAGGUGGUGCUCUUCACCCUCUUCUUAAAGUACGCGAAGAGUUUAGAAAUAUAUUCUUUGAAAUGGGUUUUGAAGAAAUGCCUACAAAUCAAUUCGUUGAAUCUUGCUUUUGGAAUUUCGAUUCGUUGUUUGUUCCACAACAGCACGUUGCUCGCGAAUUACAGGAUACUUUCUACAUAAAGGAACCAAAAGUUGCAGACGUUAGCGAUAAAGAGUACUACAAUAAAGUUAAAACUACCCAUGAAUCUGGAGGAUUCGGUUCGAUAGGUUAUAGAGCACCUUUCAGUGAAGAUGAGACUAAGAGAUUAGUUUUGAGAACUCACACAACUGCUACAUCUGCACAAUGUUUGUACAGAUUAGCGAAGCAAGAGGGUGGAUUUAAACCUUGCAAAUUAUUCUCUAUAGAUAGAGUAUUCAGGAAUGAAGCUGUGGAUGCUACACACUUGGCAGAAUUCCAUCAAGUUGAGGGUGUAAUUGCUGAUAAGAAUAUCACUCUUGGUGAUCUAAUUGGAUUCAUGGAGGUAUUCUUCAAGAAGAUGGGAAUGUCACAACUUAGAUUCAAACCUGCUUACAAUCCAUACACUGAGCCAUCGUUAGAAAUCUUCGCUCAUCACGAUGGCUUGGGUAAGUGGGUUGAAAUAGGUAACUCUGGCAUGUUCAGACCUGAAAUGCUUGCACCAAUGGGAUUACCGGAUGAUGUACACGUCUUAGGAUUUGGAUUAAGUUUAGAGAGACCAACUAUGAUCAAGUACGCUAUCAACAACAUACGUGACCUCGUGGGGCACAAAGUUGAUAUUGAGCAAGUGGAAAAGUCUGAAGCUGUUAGAUUUUAG